ACAGAACUCCUUAUAUCUAGUAGGUGGUUGUACUAAGAUGUAGUAUACUAUCCCCAAUAUUGUACGUAGCAUUCGAGAUCAUGUUUUACUCAUUUUAAUAUCCAUUUAUUCGAAAAAAAUGAAAAUAAUUCCGUUGGGAACUGCGAUAGUGCUUAUUAUUUCAUUUAACAAAAGCUAUGCAUGAAUCAUUAUUGUGAAAUAUGUGAAAAAACAUUAUUUAUGAGCGGCGUUCAGAAUGUGGGUGAUCCAAUGAGUAAAUCAAUGUCAUAGUACCUCGCCAUGGCAACCGAUGGUACCAUCUUCACCCAAACCAAACCCCCACCCUCUGUGGCAGCAAAUCCACUUAGGCAGAAGCGCAUGGGACCUGCCCCUUUUGCGUCUUUUGAGGAUCUCUCUGACGAGUUAGAAAGUCCGGAUGAUAGCACAUCAGCAUCUGUGGUUAGGCUUCCUGGAAUACACGAAGACGUAACUCCAAGUACUCCAGGUUACGUCAUGAGUAGUCACACCCCCGAACUGGUCUAUACUGGGAUCAGCCUUGUGGGGCAGGUCAGGACGCCAGUAAAUCCAUCGACGUCGUUUCUGGAUAGUAUAGCGGCUCCUGCGUCAGGAUCUAAGCUGCAAGCUCCCACCACUCCUAGGAUAGAUAUUUCUAGGGCCAGUAGUUCCUCACACCACGAUAGCAAAGAUAGUUCACCAGAAAGAGAGAUCAUUGUGGAAAAUGCGGAAAACGCUAAAGAUCAAGGCACGACAAAACUGGGUGUUGGUUUUCGAGAGGAUGGAACCUUAGAUCUCAGAUCAUCCACAGAAGAGCUGGACUACCAGGAUCAGAAAGAACAAGAGAAGAAGAAGAACAGAUCUCGACCUCAAUCGCCAUCAUAUCUAUACGACGAUUCAUAUCAAAAUCACAUAAGAAAAGAUUCUCAGUGUUCAGAAAUAAGCCUACUAGCAAUAUCCGGCCGAACCUCGAGACUUUCGAGUAUAGGAAGCGUUGGAUCUGCCCAGAGUCGAAUUUCCAAUUGUAGUCAUCUCUCAGUUCAAUCUGGUGGAACAGAUUUAUCGAGGUCGCCAUCCCCUCAUAAAAUGCUGCUUGAAACUUCCUUCUGUGGUACCAAGUCGCCACAAUCGAUGUCAUCUGUAACCAUAGAUAAAUUAGGGACCAAAGAUUCGGACGAUUUCGAGAAAGUCUUGUUAUCCAGAAAGCACGACCCUACAGAAGCAAUAUUAGCUGAAGGAAUACACGUGAAGAGGGAAAGAUCAGCUUCGAUGAAAGAGGCACCUCAAAAACCAGCUAGGCGCAUAGAAAAACGGGUACAAAGUGUCAAAAGUGAUAUUAAAAUCAAGGUAGACACUCCAUCGACAACUGAAGCUAACAUAACACCAAGACCCACGAAAAAAAUUAUUUCGGAGAGUGGGGUGGAGUAUAUUUUCAUCCCGUUGAAGGGACCGCUACCUUUGGAUUUCGAUGAAGAGGAGAAAGAGCCUACAACAACAAGAAGAACAACUCCAAGGGUUGUCGGUACGAAACCCAAAACGAAAACCAAUGCAACGACUUCUAAAUCCACAUCUCAGUCAAAACAGAAAGAUAUCUCUAAAACAAACGAAACACCUCCUAGACCCAAAGAAACCAUUCAGACUGUACCUUCAAAAAACGAUGAACCCAAGUAUAUUCGGAUUAAGUUAAAACCAGAUCAUCUCUAUGACGAUGACGACGAUUCGGGAACCACUACAUCUCGAGAUACUCAACCUGAAAAAAUCGACUUAGAUGAGAUAAAAACUGAUGACUCGACUGGUACUUAUGACACUGGUAAAAGCUUGACUAGUACACCUAGCGUUAGCCCAAAAUUACCUAGACAUUGCAUUGUGAGGGAGUAUAAUUUAGAAAGCAAGACACCUUCACCAUCUCUGUCUAGGAAGAGCUCAUUCGCCUCUAUAUUUCGGAGCAAAGAAGCAAUAACUAGUCCAGAAUCUCCUACCGUGCCUGGAAAAAGAAAAAACAUGAUAACUGGAAUCCUAAAGGAAGCUAGUGAAUCACUGAAAGACAAAAACAGGAACAGAUCCAGAUCGAAGAGCAAAGAUAGAGACCGACCUUUAGCUGUGUCCAACACCCUAUCUUCAUCUGAAUCCAUAGACAGUAGGGGAAAGAGCAAAGGACUUUUUUCUAUAUUCCGGAGUUCGAAGGGUGACGUCAGAAAAAUGGAAAACGAACCGGAUGUGCUACCUGAAAAACUGACCAAGGUCGAAUUCAACUUCAACAACUGUCAAAAAAAGCCUGAUAAGUUGAAUUUAGAUAAGCCUCUAGAAGCUAAAAGUAUUAGAAUACCUCUACAUUCACCCAUACAUUACGAAAUCGAAAACCAUAGACUUUUGAAGGAUGUACAAACUCCAAGUCAGGAAUCACAAGAUACUGUCAUCGAAGUUCUACCACCGAAAAAAGAAGAAGCCAAUUCCAGUCAGAACGCUGAUACCACCAAUAAAAAAACUAGCGAGAUUCAGAGUAGACAAAGUAGUACGAGUAGUGAUAAUGUUGUUUUUUCUACUAUAGUAGGUAGUAAUAAUGAAAUCUUCACAACCAAAUUACCGAAAGAUAAAAGAAAAGACUUUUCGCUGACGAAAAGCGGUAAGUCAUCGACAGAUGUGAAGUUGGAAACAACCUUAGAAGUACAUCAAUAUUGCGAAGAAAAUUCAGAAGAAGAUAAACCUAAAGUUGAGGCAGUAGCAACUAAAACACACAAAGAACCGGAAAUAAAGAGAACUAUAAGCUCAACAAGUUUACAAAAAACCUUGGAGUCACAAAUAGCAAUGAGUUCAAAGGUUUCAAAAACUAAAAAACCCAAAUCGGAGAAAUCUCUACCAAGCAACCAUAUGGGCGAUGACGAGAAAAACGAAUCUUCAGAAUCGGAGAAAGAUUCUGAAUCUAGCAGUGUUGUGGCAAGGAUAUCCAAGCCAAAAAACGAAAUGGAAGUUACGAACCUCUUGGAACCGGAAGCCAAGAGUUUGGUUGUGCAGGAUUCUUUCGAGGAUGAAUUACCUUACAUUCCCACCACUUUACCUCAAGAGCGAUCGGCUGCUCUGCCAAUUGUGCCAAUAAAACAGAGAAAUACUUAUGAGAUGAAGACGUGCCCUAUAGAUAGGCCUAGAUCGACAACACCGAUAAAUCCAAACUCUCUGGAAGAAUACUGUGAGGAUUUAGUGUGCAAUUCGAACCAAGAAAAAAAUGCGAAAUCCAUUGAAAAACUGAAGAUAUCCUUACCAAGGCUAGAUUCAUCCGACAAAGCUUCAAAAUCGCCCAAAAAACCUGUGAACACCAACUGGUUCGAUUUUGCUGAAAAAUGCCAUACCGGAAGAAAGUCUUCAGGAGAGGCAGAGACUCCUCCUCCAUUACCGCCAAAAGGGGUUCAGAGGGAAUGGAUUAACUUCGAAGAAGUGCCCGAAAGGAAGAAAUUAGCUAAAAGGAUUCAAACGAUCCCUUCAAGAGGUCAUAUUGAUGUUCCUGAUACGGUCCUGCAAGACCAUGUAGUUUACAACUAUGUGAAUCCUGAUGAAUGCAAGUGCGAAUGUCACGAGAAGAAAGAAAGGAAAAAGGAAGCCGAUCUGAAGAUGGUGCAAGAGGAUGAGAUACCUCUUCUUGAAAAUGAACCAGAAGAGCAGAAAGUCGUUUCUGCUCCUUUAGAUAAAUUGAAGAUAUCAGAAAGAGUCAGUUUGUUAAGUGAUUCGUCAGUAGAUCUGAGUGUUGCUAUUGACCAUCAUGAGAGCUUGCCUGCAAAUGGUUCUCUUCAGAAACCUUUCAAAAUUGAUUUGGAUGUAUCAAGUAAUAGAUCUAGUAUUGUAUCUUUGGAUGAGUCUCGUUCCCCUUAUUCUGUAUCGCCAAAUGCCUUCUCCAAACCUUCGUAACUUAGCUGUUUGAUAUUUUUUAUAUUGAGAAUUUUGUUAUAAUGUUUCAUCUAGACACUGAAGCAAUAUCUACUUUUAAUCUAUUUUUACGAGGAAUUGAAAAUAGAUACGUGGUCUUCGCAAUAACAUCUCUGUACAUAUUUGAUUCUUCAGUUCGAACAUUUCAUUGCACUAUUUCUUAUCGAUUUAUAGUAGAGGCCGGUCCAACAUGAACAUAAAUGUUCAAGGUGAUAACAGAUAUCGAUGUUUUCAUUGAGUCACCCAGUAUAUUCCUCGUAAUUUUGAAAUCUAAGAUCAAUGUGA